UUAAUAUCAAAAUAAUUGCAAGAAUUUAGCAUAUUAAAAGCAAUAAAAAACUGAAAAAUUUGAAGAAUAAUCGAAGAAGAAAUCUAGCUAGUUCAAAACUUAAAUCCGUGCGCAGGAAAACAAAGCAACGAAGCUUCAGCUUCAAUGGCAAUUUUGACUUCAGUGCCCUUGCAAACACUGUACUUUAAAGACUUACCAUCAAACAGUCUGCAUAUGUGAAUGAAGGUAAAAAAAGAAUAACUGCAGUCAGACUCGCUUUUCUAGAAUUUCUUGAAAAUUGAUAUAUUAAACAAGUCUUUUAUGUUGACUAGGUAAAUCUUUCUUAUUAUUUUUCAAAUUUUUCAGUGACUUUCUAGUAAAAAGGUUUAAUUUUUGUACUAAAAAAAUUACUUUAAGAGACAAUAAAAGAGCCGUUCCAAAUGAAACCUAAGUUCAAAUGCAUUAAGCAAAUUAAUUAAAAUAUAAUGCUUGCGAUGCAGUAUUUCUUGUCAUUUCAUCAGAAGAUUCAGACUAGAAUGUGAGAGCAAGGCUGAAGACACGUCAAAGGAAGAGUAUUAGCUAGUGAUUGCAGGUAAUAAGAUCAGAUAACCUUCGAAAUCUUUCUCAGUAAAUUGAAAUCAAUUUCCUCUUUCGGUCCCUCAAUUGCAUGUUGAUCUGCCUAUCAUUUAUUUUAUCUAUUCAGGAAGAGUAUACUAUUUUACAUCUAUAGUCUUGCAGAAUCAUGUUUGGUGAAAUUUUAAGACAUUUACUCUAAGGAACUCUGCUUCCUAAAUGAAUAGCCAACAAGAAUGAUCAGAAUGGAAGUAGCUAGUUUUUCUACUUCGAAAAUUUGUGUGACAGAUAUUUUUAACUGCCCGAAUUUGAUCAAAGUACAUUUUAGAGCCGUCUAAUUUAUUUUUAGAUAACUGUUACAUAUAUUUUGAUUGAUUAGUCAUAACUCUCUCUCUUUAUAUCAAGACCCUAAUUUUUUGUCAAGAUAAAAAUUUCAGUUCUAUAAAUUCCUCACUUUUUUCUUCAAAAGAGACGCCCACCUAAGGGGUUUAAGCAAGUCGGGGGUUGGGGGUGUGGAAUAGAUUUGUUUUAAACCAUAACACUAAGGCUUCAUCUGGGACAACUUUCAUACUGAUUUCUAAAAAGGCUUAAGUAACUAAAGGGAAAAUAAGAAAAAAAAAAAUCAUGCUAAAAAACAUGCAUGCAAAAGAGGAAGCAAAAUAUGAGAUUCAAAGCCGCAAACGAGCGUUAAAACCUCAAUGCAAUCCUUACCUUCAAUCCGUGAAUGGAUAGGUCAUGACACUAAUGGAUUUGGGCGGCAACUGGGGCGAUCAUGGUAUGGCCAACUUUUUCAUGCAGAGUGCAGCAUCUACGAAUGACAAGUUACAACGUUGCGCGGGAUAGGAGAAGGAAGAAAGGAAAUUUUGGAAGAAGGGAAUAGCAAGCAGCACUCGAGCAGACAAGCAACAAUAGGGAAAAAAAUUUAGCAGGGUCAGAACUCUAAAAUUACCUCAUAUAAACUUUAUUUUUUUUUUAAGGCAGGCAUGCCCACCCUGAACCAUAUGGGGAUCAGCCCCUACCUCUUACUAUCAACCCCCUCUCUCUCAAAAUAAAUGAUGAAAUAAAAACUAAAUCAAUUUUCCCAAUUUCUUAUCAAUUGGUCUACUUCAUAUUCACUCAUUUUAACGAUAUUUACAAGUUUCUUAGAGAGAGAAAAAUUUGUACAAAAAUUUUAUAAUUUCAUCAAGUAUUAUUAUAACAUCCUACAACUAGACUAAUUAAUUUCUUACUUUGUCAACAACAGAUAUGUCGAAUUCUUCGAACAACAUUCCAAAAUCAAGUAAGGAUAACAUCAAUGGAAGGAAUGCACUUAUUUCUACAAGUAAGAAUAUUUUUCAGCAUCCCCUUCUUAAUCAGCUUGAAAAGAAAUAACAGCUUAAUGAUGCAUUCUUCAAGUCUCAUUAGUGUUCGUCUUAUUUUAUACUUGCAUUGCAGCAUCAAUCAUAGUUGGUGGCAUUGUAAUAAUAGUUAUUGCAUAUCUAAUGAUAAAGUGUAUUCAGAAGAUCAAAAUGUAUUUUCGAGCCUCUCGUGUCAUAUCCGAUGAAUCCUCUGAAACAACAAGCAAAAUUGUUGAAAGAACAAACUAUGUUUCAAUGACUACAAAUGACAUCCUUAGACAUGUAACCAUGGAGAGGUUUCUACACGACAUCCAAAAGGAGAAGCCUAUAAGAUUAACUCCACAUAAUCUCAAAGAAUUCACCAAUAACUUUGCCGUGAAAUUGGGUUCAGGUGGAUUUGGAGUGGCAUAUAAAGGACAGUUUCCAAAUGGCAUUCAAAUUGCAGUGAAGGUUCUGCACAGAAUCCUGGAUAAGAAAGCUGAGGAGCAAUUCAUGGCGGAAAUAGGCAUAAUCAUAAAAACUAAUCACAUUAACCUGGUCAGGCUAUAUGGGUUCUGUUAUGAUUCUGAAAUAAAGGCACUUGUAUAUGAGUACAUGGAAAAAGGCUCACUCGACCGAUAUUUGUUCAACAUUAAGCAUAGACUUGAAUGGCUAACACUGUAUGAGACUGCAGUUGGAACAGCAAAGGGAAUUCGUUAUCUUCAUGAAGAGUGCCAGCAAAGAAUACUGCACUAUGACAUAAAGCCUGAAAAUGUUCUUCUUGACUCAAGCUUCUCGCCAAAAGUUGCUGAUUUUGGACUUGCAAAGCUUUGCAAUAGAGAUGCUACUCAUGUCACUAACACGGGAAGAAGAGGCACUCCUGGCUACGCUGCACCUGAGAUGUGGCUGCCAUUGCCUGUAACACACAAAUGUGACGUCUAUAGCUAUGGUAUGCUUUUGUUUGAAAUAAUAGGGGGGAGGAGGAACUUAGAAUUGAAUGCAAAUGAAAGCCAAGAGUGGUUACCAAAAUGGAUAUGGAAAAUGCAUGAAAAAGGGCAGCUAAGCAGAAUGAAGUCCAUUUGUAGGAUUGAAGAGAUUCAAAUGGAGAAGGAAGAAAGAAUUUGUAAGGUUGCACUCUGGUGUGUUCAGUUUAAAGCCGAGGCAAGGCCUUUGAUGAGCAAUGUGGUGAGGAUGUUAGAAGGGCAAGAGGAGAUCAUGACACCUCCUAACCCAUUCCUGUACUUUGCCUCAUAUGAAGCAACUUCAGGGGUGAAUAAUGAAUCAAAUUCGACUAGUUCAAUGUCCACUACUUCCAUGUGAAAUUUUUUGCUUCUGAUAGUUUUUUUAUAAUAUUUUUACAAUUUUCAAGACUGUUUACUAUGCAUAUUUAGGCCCUUAAUACUAGAAGCAACAUCACAGAAAUAUGUUCCCAUUUGUAUCAAAGAAACAUAAAGGAAGAACCCGUCUGAUCUAUUAUACUAAUCAAAGAACUAAAUUUUUUCUUCUAGUUUUCAUAUGCUCAAAAUAUGGAAAUUUUUGUAUCAUGUUUCCAGUACUCUUAGAGUAAUGCUAACAAGUUGAAAUCAUUUGCGAAUCUCUCUUUACUAAUUUAUGAACAUGCAUAAUCAAUGGCAGGAAGGUAUGAAUGAUUUUUCUUCAUUCCCAUUGAAUGCAAUCAAUCUAUUUUUUUUUUUUUUUAAACCGUGGUUAAAUGGUGAAUGAUGACUUUGUUCUCAAAUAUAUCAUCACGAAUUGACAUGAAUUGGCUCAUCUAACUGCCAAACAAACUGAAGGAGCAAAAAAAGUUUGUGAAACUCCCAAACAUACCAGAGUGUAAAAGAAGUAUAUUCACACCAUAACAAAUCAAAUCUAUCCUGGACUAUCCUAGCUCAGACCGACCUAGGCAAGUCAUAUUCCUCAUGCAUUUCUUAAUGAGGAGGGGAGCAACUAGCAAGGGCUGCAAUGCGUAACUACGGCCAUCUAUCAAAGGGCCAAGUGGAUUUGCACCUCAGAAACUAAUGACCAAUGAAUAGCAUGUUGGUGCCCUCAAUUACCACAAACAUUCAUUAAUUUGGAUGUACUAAAUAAAAAAUAUAUGAAAAUUCUAUAUUUACUUGUGAUCAUACACUCAAGCUCAUUUUAAAUCAUUUGUUAAAGAUUUUCUUCUCAAGAUAACAAAGAAUUCCAACCUUUCUUCUUAAGCAAGGUUACUUGUUUCAAUUGAAGCUACCUAAGAAUCAUAUCACCUUGAACUUUUUUCAAUUGAUUCAUUGCAUGGAAGCCAAAGCUUCUAGUAAUAAAGGGAUGGGAACAUCACCCUGAACCUUUAAAAAAAAAGUUAUAGUUCAAGAUUAGUAUUAUUGGUUGAUCCCUGGCAUAAUCCAUGCUCAACCAGUUGAACAAUGAAAGCUCAUCGGAAUUUUGAUGAAGUUUACUUCUUUGUAAAGAAGCGAACAUAAUCACAACAUUUUAUUGUUGUUGAACAUCAACCAUAUUUUCAAUGGCUGAUUUAUUAUUGAUAAACUUCAAUAACAAAUAUUAGCCAUAUUGUUUUCUUGAAGUCAAAAACUAUACAAAUUUCAGUAAACAGGUGAGGACAAUCACAACCACUUACUUUCAUAAACAUCUAUUGCAUUUUUUAUAUUCCUAGAUAGCCACUAGUCAAGGCUAUAAAUAGGGUUAAUGGUGUGAGCUCAUUAAGUCUCACACACUCAUUAGUGAUUCUCUUCUACUCUUUACGAGAGUAAUCAAAGUUUUCCCUUUCCAAUUGAUUUAGGUUUAUUUAAGAGCUAGGAGAUCAAAGUUUUCUAAUUGGUGCAAACUCCAAAGGUUAUUUAUAUUUCCUCUUACUGUAAAGGAGAACUUUAAUUAAGGAUAUUAUAUGUGCUAUAAGCCAAAAGUUUCUAUCCUUAGAUUGGAGAUGAGAAUGGGUGGCUAACCGGAUAUACUGACCUCCAUCUCGAGGCCAGCUCGAGUGAAUGUGGCGAGACGAUGACCGAUGAAUGCAAUAUCAUUUGAAAUGUGUUUGAGAUGUCGUGACCAUGAUUAAAAGGUCUCAAAUGUGGCCCAUUCACAAAACACAUUGCUUUGGUACAUCAAGAGCAUCAAAAUCACCAAAAAAGGACCCUUAAAAUCGAUUCAGUUAAUUAUGAUGAAAAUGACAGACUAUAGAUUUGACUUCAUACAAAAGUUGGUUGAGCGUUAUUUGUUCACAAAAAUGAACUUUGUUGAUCCGUUUAGAAUGUUGAAAUUACCUAAAAAGAAUGCUCCAAUUGCAAGGGUUGGUCAUACCAAAAUGAAAGUCAAAAUUUGCUCUCGCACGAAGUAUUGACACAAAAUUCAAAGGCAUGAAGAGCGCUAAAUUUACAUGAGAGGUCAUCACACGUUAUUUGCGCUAAAUUGAAGGAUAUGAAUAAUUUUGAUUUGAAUUAUUUUUUUCUAAUUUUUUUCUCUAUUGUUUCAUUAUUAAAAUUAUUAUAGUAGGGUUAAAAAAUUCAGAAUUCCACUUAGGUGAACAUGCAUUAGUUUGGGCUAAGGGUAAUUAAUAUUUUUAUUAAUUUUCCCAUUUAAUCACCUUUCCUUGUCAAACCACGUCCAUUCCUGAUAGAAGCUCUAAGUUUUAAUUUUUUUUCCAAUCGCCUAAAGGUUCCUGGAGUCAAGGAUUGGUGUUAGAAUCGGGAGUAGGUUAUAAGGUUGGGGGAAAGAAUCGAGUAGGUAGAAAUCGAAGGAGAAGGGAAGAAGAGAGGAAGAGGAAGAGGAAAAGGAAGGGAAGAAGAGAAUGGAGAAGAAGAA